CCAUAGCUGACGACACAGACGUCACAACGACAUGGCUUUUGCUGUAUUGAUGAUGAUGGCAGCUGCAGUGCUCCCAAAUUCCGCUAGGAGCGCCAUCACGUUGAGUCCGAUGGGCUCGACCUACCUGCCGUACGGAUUUGAUCCGGCAGGGGCGCCGCUGUACGGUAUGGGUGACCGUGGGGCCGUAGAACAACUGACGUAUGACGCUGAUAACUAUCACAUCUACACUGUUGGUGAAGCCCGGAUUCUAAAUGUCAUUGACAUCUCCGACCCCAAGAACGCCGCACUGGUGUACCAGCUACAGCUGCCAGGUGGCGCAACAGACGUAGAUUCCUGUGGUCGCUUUGUGGCGGUGUCCAUUCAUGACGAUUUCAAAGUGCUACCAGGAACAGUGCUAAUCUACAGCAUGUACGACACAACCAGGAAAAACAUGACACUGCUUCAUCAAAUACAGGUGGGGGCUCUACCAGAUAUGGUCAAAUUCACGAAAGACUGCAUGACACUGGUGACGUGUAACGAGGGCGAACCUGGCCUUGACGAGUCGGGAAACUUCGUGGAUCCCGAGGGAUCCGCGAGCGUCAUCGCCUUCCAAUCGGCAAACCUCGGGCAAGAAUCGGCACCGACAGUGAGAACUGCAAUGUUUCGAAAGUUCGAUAGUUUGGCGGAGGAAUACAAUUCUCGGGGAGUGAGGUGGACUCUUCCCAUGAUUCAGGUUGGGUCAGAGGUCAUGGAAUUUAACCUUUCCCAAACGCUGGAACCAGAAUACGUGGCUUACAAUUCGGACGGAAGCAAAGCCUACAUAGCGCUACAGGAAAACAAUGCUAUUGCUGUAUUGGACAUGGCUACGGCAACAUUUGACGACAUUUAUCCGCUGGGGUCUAAGUACUGGGGUACAGCCAGCAUUGAUACAAGUCACGAAGACGGAGGCAUAUUGAUGCGAGACUGGCCCAUAUACAGUUUAUACCAGCCAGACAGCAUGCGAACGUUCAGUCAUAGGGGCAGGAACUACAUCCUGACGGCAAAUGAGGGGGACGGUGUGGAGAGAGUGCCUCCAAACGCAACGGUGUCAACAGACGAACUAAAAGGGACGGAACUAAUAGAAAGGUCUCUUGUCUCACGUAACCUGAAGUCGCAGCGAGUUCAGAAGGCGCUGAAUCUCACAAGUCAGCUCGGUUGUGCUGUUUUCAGUUCUAUAGAUGGUCUGGAUCCAGAAAAUCCCGAUAAAUACUCAUCACUCCACCUAUUCGGGGGCCGAGGAUUCUCUGUGUGGGACGCAGACGACCUGAGCCUUGUGUGGGACAGCGGAGACGGUGUUGAGCGUAUGGUGGCCAAACACUACCCGAGCAUAUUCAACUCGGACUACUACGAAGAAUUUUUCAACAGCACGCCUGCUGCGAGGUUCGAUCACAGAUCCUGCAAAAAGGGCCCGGAGACUGAGUCCCUUGCAAUUGGUGAAGUCGACGGCAAAACUGCAUUUUUCGUCGGAAACGAGCGGUCCUCGACAAUCCUGGUUUACUCCCUAGCGGACGAAGACAUCAUUACACCCGUUUUCCAAAGUAUCCACUUUUCGGGUCGGACUGACCUAACAUGGCGACAGGCGUACCAGGACCGUGUGGUGGGAGAUAUUGAUCCAGAGGAUAUGAGGUUCGUGUCUACAAGGGACAGUCCCACCAACACCCCUCUCCUCCUUGUGGCGGGAACCGCGAGUGGCACAGUGUCGGUGUACGAGGUCGUGGAGCCAGACGACGGCGGCGUUUCGGCAUCUCCGAGCAUAGUAGUGAGCUGGUUUGUGAUGACAGUGUCGGUCGCCACUUGCCUUACUAUCAUUCACUAAAACAUAUCAAAAUUUAACCAUAAUGUAUACUCUACCUUUAAGUAGAAGUAGAAUGCUUGUCAUAUUGUAUGACUGUAUUGCUUCUAAAGCAUACAGUAUAUAGUAAGAAGAAGCUGACUUAUUUGAACUUAAAUUUAAUAUCUUGUUAAGGGACCAAAAUAUAUCAUCAUGCUGUACGUAUCUAUGUUUUCUAGAUAUUCAUAUAUGUAUAGCAUGAAUCCAAUUGCUGAUUUCAUAUCGUCGCUUUCAUAGUUGUACAUGUAUAGAGUGGGUACUAGUAUGUAAAGUAUAGACAGAAAGAUAUGCGGUUACAAAAAGAUAUAAGGGUAAAAAAAACAUGACGUCGAGAUGACAUUUAUUUUCUGUUCCCUCAAUCUUAUGUCCAUAUAAUAGUUCAUAUUCACACUAUGAAUACGAAUUGAUAUCCUUUCAAAAUUAGAACAAUCGUAGCUCCAUAUAUUCAAUUUUAUCAUAAAUGAUAAAUAUUACAAUACGGCUGAAUGUUAUGUUAUCUAAAUGCAGCCGUUGUUAUAUGUUCUCUUUAAUAACACCUGGUCUUAUAAUUGUCAGAUGUAUUAUAGAGUCAUUAUAUAAUGAUAAUAAUCUUUAUUGCAAAUUCAUGCCCGAGGGCUAAUUGCAUACAAAGUAGAGUA